CCGGCUCAGUGCGCGAGCAAGCGUGAUACGGAAUGAACGUGCGGUGCGUUUUACGCGGACGUUGAAGCUGCGAUUUUUUUUUUAUCUUACGAUUGUACGGCCAGAAUUAAUACAUUUUGGAGUCUACGGUCGUGAUAACUGAAAAAAGUUUUUAUAUUGGAAGUUGACAACGACGUCGUUCGCGCAAAAUAUUGGCCAAAAUUGUAUAUUUCCGUAUAGACGCGAAAAAGUGAAGACAUUUCGAAACAAAGGACUGUUUUGUACAUUUUCGCAACGUUUGCGAAAUUGUGUUCAAAAAUCACAGUUGUGGCGUGAAGGGCUUAGAAAAAAAUAUCUCGCCCUCGGCCUACUAGUUCGGACACAAUCUGUGGUCACCGAACAAAAAACAAAAACGCAUCGAUUUUGCUAAUUACAUUAUUGUAUUUACAAAGGUUUUCAUAAAAUUCUCGUUAAAACUAUCGUGAACUUUCCAACACACAACCUAAAAUUAUAGUGAGUUCGUCGACCUGACAUACCUACCCGUGCUUCAGUGGAUUAGUUUGCAGAUUUUGCUCCAGAGAUAAAAUUACCACUAAAAACCUGGAAUAAGUGACGAGUUGAUUUACAAUGUCUACUGCCAUCAUGCAUCAGUCUGCGCUGUACGACUUUGGUGAUCUGCUUUUGAAGGUGAGCCCCCAAUACUUGGCCGAUGGUGGACUAACUAACUUCAACCAAUCUCGGCCAGUGCAGACGAUGGGCGCGCUGGGCGGCAGCGGCGCGGCGACAUGGGAGCAGCACCCAGCGCUGGCGCGCGCGGCCUCAGUGCCUGCACAGCGCGCUCUAGCGGGGCUGCUGGACCGCCUGGGCCACCGCCGCCUCGAGCGCACCACCAGCGAGCCCGCGCCACCGCCUCCCGCCACCUCCCGCUACAAGACCGAGCUCUGCCGCCCCUUCGAGGAGGCCGGCGUCUGCAAGUACGGCGACAAGUGCCAGUUCGCCCACGGCAUCCGCGAGCUUCGCAACCUCCAGCGCCACCCCAAGUACAAGACAGAGCUGUGUCGCACCUUCCACUCGGUGGGGUUCUGCCCGUACGGGCCGCGCUGCCACUUCGUGCACAACGCGGAGGAGGCUCGACGCCGUGAGCCAGUGUCGCCGGGCGGCUCGCUGGCCUCGCUGUCCUCGGGCGGCUCCAUGGCGUCGUACAUGAGCGAGGGCUCGCGCUCGCCGCGCUCCCCGCACUCGCCGCUGGCGCCGCAGUCCCCGCUGACGCCACACUCUCCGCCCGCGAUGUCUCCGCCGGCGCAGCCGCCCGCAUUCGCGUUUCGCCGCACGCACUCGCCCGACCCAGACGACGAACGACUGCCCGUCUUCAACCGCAUCUCGUCCGCCUUCGGUGAUCUUGUGAUCGCCUAAGGCUCCGACCGCCUAGUCCUAAGUUAACUUAUACCGAACUAGCGUAAGGAUCGUCCGUCACCGUAGUGCCUCUCGACGUCUUCCAGCCGCGCCGCGUCCCGCGUCCGUGCACCGCACCCGCUCAACGAAUGAUCUCCAGUUUGUCGAUGCUCCUACUACUUCGCCCUGUAAUAUAAACUAUACGAAGUGUAUACUGGCGUCUCGAAAGUUUGCGGUGUGAUUUAGUGGUUACGUUCAUUUUUAGUUAUUAUCGGCACGCACUUGUAAAUUGCACCUUAUAAUAUUAGAUAUUUAUUGCGUAGCUCGCGGAAGUCUUCCCGAUGCGAUCCUCCGCCGAGCGGUGGUAUCUGUAAAGCUAGCUUAUAGAACAUUAUUAUUUAUUAUGUACUGCCUGCCCGCGCUCGGUACCGUGCCGCGAGAAGGCGCUCGUGAUCUAUUUUUAAGGAUUAAGAUAAUAAUUUAUUAUUUAUUUCGAGUCUCUUAACUGUAAUUAUUUUGUAGCUAGCAGCUGCAAUUCCGCACCGCAAUCGGACGGGGCCCGCGUCGACGGGACGUGGUUCGUUAUAACUAUCUCGACUGGCUGGCUCCGGCCGCAUUAUCAUUAUCUCGCUGCUGUCGGGCGGAGCCAGUCCUCACGGCCUCGCAGCUCGGUGGGCCGCUUGCUCAAAUUAUAUUUCGUCCUUCAGACACGGAAUCCUGUGCACUCGACCGCCGCCCCGCCCGCGAGCUUCGAGCUCACAGUCCUCAUUUGUGCCGACGAACUCUGCGAUAAUCGCAGGCUACUCAACACCGCUAGCGAUCUCAAUCAUGCGCGGCCCAUCUGAGUACUAUCGGCGCGAUCCCGCGACGCGCCGCCUCCAGCGGUUCGUCUGCGCAGGAUUUUUUCGUUUUGCGUCGUGCGAGGAGGGCGGGCAGCAAGCUAAAACCUGUUUGGGGUUUUGGUGAUUGUAUUUUUUUCAUCGUCGGAGUCCUCCCGCGCGGCGCCGCUCGGAGCCCGCGUCCGAGAGCUCGCAAAACAUGUCAAAAUCUCGCCGCCUGCCGAGCAGCGAGGCCCGCUCAUGUAUCCGUAGUGUAAGUACUCUGAGUGGAGCCGCAACUGGCGACUCUGCCCGCAACACGCAACGCGCGGCGCGGCGGCACCACCCUCGCGCGCUUCCAGCCCCGCGCCGCCUCACAAAGAGUGCCUUUUACUUUAUAACAAAUCUAUUAUAAUAUUUAAUUUUUAGUUGAUCGAGAUAGAUGUUUGUUUAUUUAUUGUCUCCUUUUGAAUAUAGUAUUCAAAUUGGCACAGUUAUUACUUUUGUACUUGACAGAGCUAAGUGAUUAGUUUCGAUUUAGUAUAGUUUUUUCUUUGAAUUUAAAGUGUGAUAUUUUAUAUUUAUAUAACAAAGUAUAAAGUUUUAAUUAAGGGACCAAUGUAAGUGUUUAGGAGAAAUUCUGAUAGAACCAGCCGGAUACGCUUUCGAUUCUUACCAAGAGACUGUUUCCUCGCGCCAACAUAUUGAAUAUAUUUUGUUAUACUUAACAGAUCUACGAUUUUGUACCUUUAAUAAAAUAACAUAUUGACCAUUCUUGGUUUGUGUUUAAUUUAUUGUCAGAAAUAGGACCGAGAUGGUGAUGUUUUUGUUUUGUUUGCUAUUUUUAGUUUCAGUUCUUCUCCACUUCACAUUUAGCAAGUCGUUGCAUGGUGACCACUGAAGAUAAUAAUUUUGUACCUAAUUUAAGGAUUUAGAUGUAAGCGUUUUCAUAAAGUUCGCGAAUAUUAUUUAUUAUCAGUUCAUUACGAAUUAUGAACCAUUAAAGCUGAUUUAUUUAAUUUCUUUUGUAUUUAAACAGACAUUUAAAGUACUACGAUUACAUGUAACUUAAUGUUAGUAAUAUAUCAUGAGUCAUUUAAUAUAACAGGCAUUAGUUUAAAACUCUAGUACCUAUGUCACUUGUAAUUAAGUAUUUAAUUUUUUAUUUAAUUCCAAUUAUUAGUUAAUCUUAAAAAAAUUGACUACGUAUUCUUUCUCUUAUGGACAAAACAAAUUAAGGCUAAAGCUUGUUUAUGACAUUUUUCUUGUAAGUUUACCUUAUUUCCAUCUGCAUUUUUAUUGAAUUAUAGUCAAAAUACGUUA